AAAUAUUUGGCAUUACAACGUAUUGAACGGUUUUUAAAAGCGGUCACACAUCUACGCUGCCCUAAAUUAUUCAUAAAUAUUUGAUAUUUCAAAUUUAUUUGAACAAAAAGUAUUAUAAAUGCUCAAAAAAUUGAAAAAUAAGUUGAAAAUAUAAUAAGUCGUCGCUACCCAACCAACACAUUUCAAUUGUCACACGAUGCUGAUACGUUGGAAGAGCAAAGAUAAAAGUUCAUCGAACCAGAGCAGCAGCAACAGCAGCAGCAGCUCAUCAAAGAAAAAACGAAAAGGACGUGAAGGAGAAGAAGACUGGCAGAAUGAGGCUAAAACUGGGCGUAUGCCACCCAAUGAGCAAGUUAGCGAUCAUAGGAGAGGUAUGCGGCGAGACGAUCCGCGGCGGCACACCCUGGGUGGCGAUAUGAUAUUGUAUGCCGGUAAUCAAGGACAGCAGCAGCAGCGGGCAAUGGAUCUAGAGAUGAGUACGCGCGCACAAAAAAACAAAAAGAAUAAUGUACCACGCGGCUAUACUCCCUUGAAUCAAGGACCUUUGUUCGACGAUGACCCAGGCAUCAUGUCCGAGGUAGAAACGGCAAGCACUGGCUUUCGGCGUGGCAAUAAACAACGGUCUUCGCUCCCAGUCGUUAGAACACCGUCGAAGACGUUGGAGCGCCCUUUAGGAUUAGUAUUUUUACAGUAUCGAUCGGAAACAAAACGCGCUUUAUUGCCUAACGAAAUAACCUCAAUUGAUACCGUUCGAGCGCUUUUCGUUCGUUCCUUUCCACGACAACUAACCAUGGCAUAUCUAGAGGGUCCAAACGUCAAGAUCUACAUACAUGAUGCAAGCAAGGACAUGUUUUAUGAACUGGAGGAUGUGCGUUCACAUUUACGAGAAAUUCGUGACCGCUCAGUAUUGAGACUUUUCGAAUCCACUGAAGUUGCUGCACCGCCACAAAUUCUACCAGGUGGCCCUGGUGUACCUCAGCCUCUCCCACAAGUUACACCUAAUCAUUGGGACCAAGAUCAGAGCUAUUUCAGCGAACCAGAAUUUGAUUCAGAUUACAAACAUCAACACAUUCAUAAAUCAAAGAUCGGUAAACAGGCGGCACCGUACUACGUGGGCACCUCGCAGACGUUACCGCGCGGUAUGUACUCAUCAGAGCGCACAAAAGUUCCCAUUGAUGGUUACUCAAGUUCACCUGAACGCAGCACACGAGGCAACUACGAGGAGCCAUAUUACAGUCAAUAUGGAACCAGAGGACCAGUGGUUGCGCCAAUCAUUGAUGAAGAGCAGGGUGAUGUGGGUCUUACUGAGGAUCAAUACGCCGUAUACGGAAUGAAAGUAGGACCAGGGCGACUACCGAGACCGAACCAAAUGUACGAUUCGGCUAGGCCUGAAGACUUGCAUCGUAUUCGGGUAGAACAUAUGGAACGCCAAUUGGCCAAUUUAACAGGUCUAGUACAGAAAGCUCUCGUAAAUCAACAGCCGCAAAUUACACCGAUUCCCGUGCCAACCUUGGAUCAAAACUAUUUGGUUGUACCAACGCAGUGUCAAGCUAACGGGUCGGGAAAUGAUUUGUAUAUAAGGGAAAAGGCACCGAAGUUAGGGAAGAGCUCAUGCCAGAAAUCAGUGUCGUUUGAAAAGUCAGUUUCCUUUAGUGACGACAUACAAGGAAUACCCAAAUCUCAUAGUCCUCAACACGCUGCCGAUAACAAACCUACAAAACCAGCAAUAAAAUCAUCGACUUUACCUCGUACAUCUUCCCAGGCAGAGAGAGACCGCCUUAAACCGCCGCCGCCCCCCAAGCCACUGGUUUUGGCUCAGACGCACCAAACCUAUCGCGCUGAUAUAGCUCUUGCUCCAGAGGUCUACAAUCAUUUGCGUGGUUUGCAGAAAAAGGCCAAGGAUCUUCGCAUGGAGGUGCGUACACUGCGUCGUCUAUCUCAAGCACAGGCGGUCGCAGUGCGCGAAGACAUCAAAGGAACUUUUAUGCGCAUACGUGCCACACUGCUGGCCAGCAGCGGUACAUUUUGGGGCAGCCAUCAGGGUGAUCAAGAUGCCACGCGAAUCUCGCGCGAAGAGGAACUCUAUAAGCAAGAAGUUAUCAGACUGGAAAAAGACCUUAGCGACUUGGAGGCAUCUGUGGAGACACUACGCGGCGAAGUAAUUAAUCGACGUACACGUGUCAAUAUGACUGCCGUGGAGGACAUGGCAUUGGUACUCAGCAGAGCCAGUAAAACCGUUGCGGAAUUAAAAAUGAAAUUUCCUGGACUCUCCAAUGGACUACGUUGCAUGCUAUCGAGCGAAAUGGAACGUGUCGUACGGGAGGAGAAAUUUCUAAAAGAAGAACCUGACAGGCUUGAGUCGGCAUUAAGGCGAUGUAAAAAACUAACGGGUACAUUAGUGACCUUGAAAAGGCUGGCCAGCGUACAAGAGCAACGAUUGCCCCCUAACGAACCGCAAAUCAACGAAGAGCCGCCGCGUUCGGCCGAGAUCUCCAAUGCAGACAAACCAAUCCCAACACCCAGGAUGGGGUCGUUCGCUAUCAGCGGGGGACCCGAAAACGCACUCGAUGCUCUGCUAGACGAAUUGCAGACUUUUUCGAAACCACUCUCACAGAAUAAUGAGGUACGCCCCGAUGAUUCAACAUCUGAUGAAAGUUCACAAGCUCUGCAAAGCACAGUCACCACACAAAUAUCCCAAGCACGUCUAUAUAUACAAACUACCGACGCAAGCAUCAUUCCAAUGCAAUCGCAACCCAUUUCCACCGCAGCCGCCAGCAUUGUUAACACUUUGCCACAUAAACAAAGCAAUCACAUCACCAGCGAAACCAUUGUUAAUGCAACCAAUGUAACCUCUCUAAUGGUGCAUACCAAUGUCGGCAGUCUUCGACGUCUCCAUUCAUAUCCCAGUGGGUCAGAUACAGACAUAUCACCGCCACAGAACGUGCGUGCGGUGACUACCAAGCCACCAGUCCCCGAACGCACCGCAGAUCUGAUAACUAAAGUGACUAACAAACGUAUACCUCCACCACCCCCACCACGUACUAGUUCCCGUAGUCCACUCGCUAGCCCCACAAACCCAAAUGUCCCACACCAAUUACCAACAGUUAGCGAAACCGACGUCUUGGGCAACAAGUCAGAUAGCGGCGGAGGAAGUGGCAAUUCCAGCGGUAACGAGUCGGCGAACGACCACGUCCAGAGGCAAGUGGCUUUGGAAAUGCGUCAUCAGGAAUUGCUUAAAAAGCAGAAACUCUUACAGGAACAAUACCAACGCUUGCAGCAAAUGACGAAGAUUACCGGCGUGGAAAUGACCGCCAUAGAUAGCACAGUCCAACUACAAAAAACUAACAGCGACUCUAAUUUACAGCACCAGUCACCAAUAGCCAAUGUGGGAGAAAAGUCACAAGACAAUGGCAUGCCAGGAACAGAGAAAAGUGACAAUACAAAACAAGUCGUCAACGUCAUUGCAUCAAAUUCAGAAGCGCUGGGAAAUUCGGGUGGUGGUGGCAAAAGUGUUGGUAGCGCUGGGGGCUCUACCACGAAGCAGCUAUAUGAGACAGAAAUACUCUAACAUAAACCAGUAAUAAUGGUGGAAUGGCAAGAAACUGAAAUCGAUAUUUGAGUAAAGGAUAAAAAGCACAAGCACACAUGACGCACUGGAGCACAGGUUUUACUUGGAACACGCUUACCGCUGACAACUGGCAACUGGCAAACGUUAUUGUAAUAAACGCACAGAAAACCUACACCGCACUAUGUUGCAAGAAAACAACGAUUAACAUUAACGGUUGGAGAUUUAAGAGAAUGUUAGAAAUUGAAUUGUUUGAAAGAACAAAAGACACUAGUAUCUGUAUAAAUAUGUGGUAAUUGUGGUGGUUAGCAGAUAACUGGCAGAUAGUGUUGAUUUGUAUUAUGAAAUUUCGUGAAAUGCUGAUGAAAUUUUAGUCAGUAUACAGAACAUAUUAGUACGAUUUAAAAAAAUGCUAAGAGGUUCUUCUAACACCUAUGUAUUGUAAUAUAUUCGUGACUACAUUCACAUUUAAUAUAGGAAAGUCUAGUCAAGCUAUUAAUAACUGUCCCUUGCUCAAUCCACCUAGAAAGCAAACAUUUAUCAGAUUUAGAGUGCCAGUCAUUUGCAUCUGACCAUAGCGCAACCAUAAUUUAGGUGAACCUAUGUUCCAAGCUUCUUUCAAAGCUCAUAAGAAAUAAAUGCAUGUCUCAAACUGCAAAACUGAAAUUAUACCGCAAAUUGACCUGUUCGAGUUUAAAUGAAAAAUGUGACAACUUUGGUGACUAUCAAAUAGCAACCUGCUUCAAAAGCAUCGCGCUCAUCAAAGUAACCCGCAAACUCAUUAUCAAUAAGCAGACAACAGGCACUUAAAACAAAACCUAAUCACAUCGUAAUGUUACAUUCUCUGCAACGAUACUCAAUAUAUUUUCACGGUUCACUGGUAUCUUUGCAAUAGUAAGUUCAAGGGAUAUUCCCUGGAUAUACUAUCAGUAUCCAUGAGUAAGGGUACUCAUUUAAUGUAGCAUUGAUAUAAUAGUAGCAAAGUGGCAAAAUGGCCUCUUAGUUUAAAUGAAUGCUCCGUGGCAUUUUGCCAUAAGACAGCUGUUUUUCAUUUAGCCGAGAUCGUUUUCUCCAUAAAUAUUUAAUCAAUUUAAUUUAAAAUAAUCAAAUGAUACAACAUUAUAUUUAAAUUUACUUUCAUUUCUCAGCAAAGAAACCAAAACGCGAGAAAAGCGUAACCAGCUUAUUGGGGUUUGCGACAAAUAUCCAUAGAUGCCACUGAAAUAGUUUCGUACAGUUGCAAAUUUGUUUUGCAAAGCUGUUUUGCGACAUUAAAUGAGUACCAGUAGUGUUUUUGUUAAUUUUAUCAAUGUAUUUUUUCAGUGCAGGGCCAUCACAACCACUACACUUUCUCACACAUCACACACUUUUAUAAAUAUAGAUAUGUAUGUGCACUGGUGCAUAUUCAAAUUGUCUGGUCUUAGUUUUAGGAUAUAAGCUGUUGUACUUGUAGUCUAGGAUACAGUACUGCGUAAGGCUUUAGAUUUAGAAAUAGUUGCUACACUUACGUAAUUUAUUUUGGUACAAUAAGUACACAUUAAUUUAAUAUAAAAAAAUGAAAUGGUAUUUAGACAUGCAUAUGAUGUAGAAUAUAUUGCUGCAAUGUAUGUACGAAAAGUUGGUGACCAUAGCUCGAAGUGAAUCGAAUCAAAGUGGGAACGAAAAGACACUAUGUCUGCUUAAAUGAAAUUUAGAAGGCAUUUGUUUUGCCUAGUUGUUAUUUAGUUAAUAUUUUAAAAUUGCUAGUUAUAAAUGGUUGAAUAUAUAAAUUAAAUUAUUUGCACUUACAAGGGUAUAUCCACAUAUACAUUGCGAAGAGUGGAAUGGUCCUACAAGUCCUCGAUAACAAUAUUUAAACAAGUAUAUAUAGCAAUGAAAUCAUAGUAAAUCAGCAAUUUGCAAUGCAAGUUGACCUAAUUAAUCGUCAAAUGUAUGUAUGACUAUGAGAUGUUAUUUGUUGUAAUGCACUUGAAAUUCGCAAUUUUAUCAUUAUAUAAGUGAAAUGUUAGAUUUUAGUACGUAUACAUACAAAAUUUCAUAUCCAUGUAUUUGUUUUUGUUAAAUGUUCACAAAUACUCCACGUACUAAAUACAUAUUUACGAGUAUACGUUAAUGCUUUAGUCCUUUUGUUAACCAAUAGUCAUAAUUCACCUUAUCCGAUUCUUAUAUGUAUGAAUGUAUGUAUAUUCACAGAAUAAUAUGUACUUGUGUGUGACUAACAUGCAAAUGAAUUAUAUUAAAUUAGUAAUUGUACUAGCAUAAAAUGGCAAAGAUCAAGCAAGAAGUAGAAAAUAGUUGAAAUAAAAUUAAACUGCCUGCACUGGAGCUCAUUACUAAAAAUUAAAUACAUGUAUGUAUGUAUAAGAUCUCUGUGAGAGUAGGUGUGUGACAAAAAUGUGCAGGCAGUAACCCAAUAAGUUAACCAUAUACACAUAACAAAGUAAUCCCUAGCAUAUUGAUGAAAAAGUCAUGCCAAUUACGCAUUUUACUUGACAAAAGUUUUGUUAAAUUGGCAAGGAAAGUGAGACUGAUAGUUUUAUGUACAUUACACGCAUUCAAAAAAUAAGCAAACAAACGAACUAUAGUAUUUCGAAUAUUUAUGAAUACCAAAUACAACAUUAUAUGAAAUUAAAAUAUUAUAUUAUCAUUUAGUUUAACAUCAAGCGGGCGGCAAUAAUUUGAUUGAACAUACCAUGUAUAAAAAGGCAAGACAUUCUCAGCUCUUGGCUAUUUUCAAAAAUAUUUUAAUUCACAUCAUUCUUUCCUUUGCCCGGCUACACAUACACAGAGAUUUUUAAACAAAUAAUUGCCCCCGCCAAUCACGUAAGCGUCGAAUCAAAGCAUAACUUAGAAAACAUGCGUAAAUUAAAGCUAAUCAAAGAAAUAAAAUAACUGAAUAUUAACCCUAUUACACACGCCAUUCCAUUCAGCAGUCUCUAUGUCAUUAUAACUUCAGAAUAAAAUAAAAAGACAAACAAGCUGCAUACUCACAUACGUAUGUAUAGUUAAUAAGGAAGAUUAUUGUUUUGCCCUACUGAAUACUCGAGUUGCCUCUACAAGUUUGAACAAAGAAAGCCAAUAAAGUUUAUGGAGAAGUAAUUUUUAAAAUAUACAUAUGUAUGUGAAAACAGAACUACAACAAUAUUUUACAUUAUCAAUGUUUCAUAAUUGGGGCCAAGAGUAUUCACGUGGAUAUUUAGUAAGAACCAAGUUAUCCCAAAAGUACUUACAUACAUACAUAUGUACGUAUGUAUGUACAUACAUGACUGCAUACAGAGAUAUAAACACAUAUUGGUUUGGCUAAGAGCACUAAACAUGCAUACAUAUGUGAAAUUAACUAAAUACUGCAAGUACUUAAAAUUUUUCUUCAUAAUAAAUUUCGUGAAUAAAAUCGUAAAAAGAG